AUGACUGUAUAUCUGUCUACAUCUUGUUUUGAUAAGUUUUCUCCACAAAUACCACCAAGGCAAGGACCUCUACAGACAGAACAAUCAUCUAACCCAAGGCAAGGACCUCAGAAGAUAAGCCAAAUAUCAAAUGACCCUAUCCAAAGAACAUCUCCAGAGACACAAUCAUCCAGAACUCUAGAAGAAAGUGUAAGCCCCUCCCCGGAGGUUGAAACUGGUGCAGUUUCUCGUAUCAUUAAAAAGAGAGGAAGAGGAAAAUAUAAAUCUAAGACGGUUGAUAUUAAAACCAAGUACGGAGGAAAAAUCAAUAUAAUUAUUCCAGAUGACAUUGAUAGAGCUGUGGGUUCUGGUGCUAGAGAUAUUGUUAAUUACUGUGGCUUGAUCAUGAGGAGCAGCAUCUCAUUUCGAGAUGGAAAUUGGCAAAAGAUUGUUUUAAAACAUGGAGAAGCAAUGUGGUAUAAGGUUAAGGACAAAUUUGAAUUUUGUGGUGGACUGCGAGAACAUAAGUUACAAGGCUUUGUGAUAAGCACUAUGCAAAGACGUUUUAGGGCAUGGAAAGCUCGAUUGCAUAAUUCUUACUCUGCCUAUGAUACUGAUGAAGAAAGAUUGUCUCAUCGACAUGAGGAUGUUGAGUUGGAGGACUGGAAAUACCUAGUUAAGUAUUUUGGCAGUGAGAAAUUCAAGGUUGUUAGUGAGAGAAACAAAAAAAAUAGAGAAAAACAGAUAACUAAGCAUUCUUGUGGGACGCGAUCAUUUGCAGAAGUAGAGGAAGCUACGAGAAAUCCUGAAUCGGGAGAAAAAGACACACCAGAUAAAGUCUGGGAGAUUCAGCAUACACGUAAAAAAGACAACGGAGAACGUGUAUGGUUGGAUCCGCAAUCCCAACAGAUUCAUGGUCAGCUUCAACAACUUGUUGUUGAACAACAAUCUGAAGAGAUCGAGCAUCCCAUGACUAGGGAUGAGAUUUUAUCAUCGGUUCUCGGUGAGAGAUCAGGCUAUGUUCGGGGAAAAGGAUAUGGAAAGAAGCCUCCUAAAAAGACUCAACUACAUCAGUCAGAUAUAGAGGCAAGUGUAUCUUCGGCAAUGGAAAGUAUUCGUCAAGAGAUGCAAGUUGUUAUGGAUCGAAAGUUACAAGAAGAACGUGAACAAAUGACUGUUGAUUUAAAAAAGAAUAUGAAAGAAGAUUUGCAGAAAAAAUUAGAAGAGGAGCGUGAACACAUGAAAGGCAAGGUAGACAAGAUGUUCCAAGAACAAAUGGCUGCUAUUAUGACUAGAAUGCAACAGGUACUUUCUCUUGCUCUUUUGGAAUAUAAUAAAUUGUUAUCUUCGUGUAGAAAAUAGUUACAUUAAAAGUUGGACUAGUUAUUAGGAAAAUCCAACAACAGAAAUGUUUUCUAGAAAGCUUUCCAUGGCUUU